AUGAGUUCAUCCAUCCACAGGGUCGUGAAAGGCCGUGGGCCCUGGUGGCGCCGAUUGUCCCUCAACGUGUUCCUCCAGUCUGGCCCACUUUCCGCCCAGCCAAGUAACUCCGCCACAAUACCCUCUGCCUCAAAGCCAUACCAUGCUCUGUCUUUUUCGCCCGAGCGUUCUCGAUGGAACGCAUCCGCGCGGCUGGAAACAACGGCGCAACAAGCAGUGGUGCCAUACGGGCCUUCUCGAGAGCACUUCAGGGUAUUCCCCCCGGCAGCACGGUAACGGCACUGAGAGGGCAGCGACAUCUGCAAAAGCGACACGGCGGCCCCGGCCUUCCAUGCGGUUCUGCCAGUCAGCCACCUGCUCUGCCCGGGAGAGGAAGAUAUAGGGUCGUCGUCUCAAAGCGGGAGAGAAGACCCUCAGAGCCGCCUGGCCAGCUCCAUACACACAUACAUACACACAUACAUGAGGCGAGCGCGGCGCCGCCACCAAGAAAUACGCCAAGAAAAAGACUUCAGUCGUCAGUUUGU